GCGGUGACGGGAUCCAGUCAGCUCGACUCUCUCUCUGCGUAAACUUCUCGGAAAGGCGUUUAUUUAGCGACUUAUUCAGUGAUUCCUGCGUGGAUACGAGGUGGAAACCAGCGGAGAGCUCAGGGAAGCAGCAUUCCUGGAUUAGGAAGGUAAAUCCAGUUGAAUGUAACAGUGCUGGCAGAAACACAUGGCUUCACUCUCGGUCCACUUUGAGGAUUUGAGGAAAAAGGCAGAAUCAUGUCUGUCCACGUCGGCCUCGGCCCAGGAGGCUAAACUCUUUGCAUUGGCUAUGGCAGAGACGGCCAUGCCACUGUCCAGCAGAUACAAGCACAUCCCUGCUGAGACCAUCAUAUCAGACAACGUCCCUGGAAAGAACCUCCAAGAAGUUAUGGAGUCCCUGAACCGUGUGGUCAAAGCUCUGAACAUCCUGGAGAAAUACGGCUGUAAUUUAUUGAACCCAAACAGACCCAAAUACUGGCGCAAUGUUAAAUUCAACAAUCCAGUGUUCAAGGCUGCAGUGGACACUGUAAAGGGUGGCAGAGAUGUUUUAAUGCUUUAUGGAUACACCGUUGGGCAGGACGACGGCCUGAGCUUUCCUGAGGAUGUCACAGCUCCUGAUGUCCACACAGUUUCUGCAGUGACCACAGAGAUCAUGACCCUACGAGAGGAGUUGGACUUACUCAGCAAGGGCACACAUGCACAUCCUGAGUUUUUUGAGAAGAUGAUUCCAUCACUUGGACAACAAGAGCAAGACAAGGAGAUUGAGCCAGACGCUGUGGUCAUCCCCGUCCCUGUCCCUAAACCCCGAACAAUUAUAGGGACAGUAAAGCAGUCCCCUCGGGAUUCUCCAAAAACCUCAAUCCCACCAAAAGUAUCAGUGUGUAACAUCUGUGGGGGGAAUCCCUGCAUUCUCUGCCAGCCUUGCGGAUCUCUGCCAUUCUGUCAGAAGUGUGACAACAUGGUCCAUCUUCACCCGAAUAAAACCAACCACAAAAGAGAGCCCAUUCAGACACCACAGCAAGGGAAGUGUGUUAUCUGCGGAAUCUCCACUGUGUCUGCAUUCUGUGUGACCUGCAACCAACGACUGUGUACCGAGUGUGACAAACUGUACCACUCACACCCUGACAGAGUGGGCCACAAACGAGAAAUCCUACAGACCCCUACAAAACCAAGUGUCAAACCCCGUGUCACCACUGGAGCCCCUGCUGGACGGGAGGAUACCUUGCAGCAGUCCACGCUAACAGAGUGGGUGUGUAUGAGCUGUACGAUGGUGAACUCAGGCAGCAGUGUAUUGUGUGAUGCGUGUGAGCGCCCCCGUCUGGCUAAGCAAGCCACACCACCACAGGCAACGCAGUGGGAAUGCAAGAUGUGUACCUUCAUUAAUAUGAGCGCAGCCCUGAAGUGUGAGAUGUGUGAGAUGCCUCAGGAAGAGGAUAAAAAUCCAGCAACGGGAAUUACUGCUCCAGUUAUGGAGAAGAAUACUCCCCUUGGGGUCUUGCCAGCCAGAGCUGAUGAAGUAGCUAUGGAUGAGCCUCAUAUUAAACCCAAAACAGUGGACAUGCAAAAACAGAGCCAAAUGAGGGAGGAGGGAUUAAAACUGCUCCGUCAGAUCAAAGAGGGAGAGAAAAAAGCACGCAGCCCAGAGGAAGUGUAUGCUGCCAUCAAGCUGUGUGGUGGCAGUAACCCUUCAGACUGGCUGCAGUCUGAGCUGCCACACCAGCUGGAUGAAAUCUGUGCUUUAGCGGCUUCGAUCCAGCCAGACUUCGGAACAGGCGGUCAAAUCCUUCUGUCCAGGACGGAGGCCAAACAGGCGUGGAUCAGCUCUGGGGGAAACGCUCAGAAAGCCGUUGCACACCUGCUGAAAAAAAGAGCAGACCAGCUGUGUGUGCUCAACAAAGCGGGCUUUGUGGACAAAUUAGAGUGUGACAAGGCAUUAUUCAUAAAUGGAGGGGAUCUAGAGGGCGCCCUGUCUCAUCUACAGCGUCCCCUACUGCAGCAUUUCCAUCAGAACAUCUGGAAGGAGCAGUCAAAGGUCCAUUUCAACAUCGAUCAUCCUGAUAAAGAAUGGCUCUGCCGCAGGCUUCUAGGCCUGUAUAAUCUGCCCAGCUGGGGACGGAGCCUGCUGGCCCUGACCUUAUUGCAGGAGCCUAAUGUUGAGUAUUCUCUGGAGGACGUGAUCCAGGCUGUGAGGGACCAUCACGACAAAGAUUUCAUUAACCGCAUCCUUAACAAAGAGUGUGAAGUAUGCUAUGGCAGCUUUCCUCAGAGAAAGAUGCAGGCUCUGACGUUCUGCCAGUGCUCCAUGUGCUGUGAGUGUUUUAAACAGCACUUUACAGUGGCUCUGAGGGAUAAGCACAUCAGAGACAUGGUCUGUCCGGUAUGUGAGGAGCCAGACAUUAAUGACCCUGAAGCACUGCAGACCUACUUCUCCACUCUGGAUGUGCAGUUAAGGGAGUAUUUAGAGCCUGACGUACACGAGCUGUUCGGUAAGAAGCUGAUGGAACACACUCUGAAGAAGGAUCCAAAGUUUCUGUGGUGUUGCCAUUGCACCAAUGGCUUCAUCAAUGACAAAGACGAGUUCAAAGUCACUUGUCCAGAUUGUCACCAAAGCUUUUGUUCCAAGUGCAGAAAGCCUUGGGAAGUUCAACAUGAAGGUGUGUCAUGUAAUGACUUCCAGACAUGGAAGCGAGACAAUGAUCCAGAAUAUCAGAAACAGGGCCUGGCUGGAUUUCUGAAAGAAAAUGGCAUCAAUUGUCCCAGCUGUAAGUUUCAGUAUGCUCUGGCCAAAGGCGGCUGUAUGCACUUCACCUGCGGCCAGUGCAGGUAUGAGUUCUGCUGUGGCUGCAACAACAUUUUCCACAAGAAACAAUGUGUAGACGGUCAGUGUGUAGUGAAUGGUCUUCAUGCUCAUCAUCCUCGGGACUGCCUCUUCUACUUGAGAGACUGGGAGCCAGCCAGGCUACAGGAUUUGUUACAGAGAGGUAGAGUGGAGUUUAACACAGACCCUCCUGAGGGGACAGAGAACGCUGUGUGUGGAGUGUUGGAGCAGAAGGAUGGUGGGCAGGAUGCUCCGUGUGGAAAUCAAACCCAGGAAGGCCAUGCUGGACUCUGCGAUAAACACUACCGAGAGUACCUGGUCAGUCUGAUUAAUGCACACUCUCUGGACCCUGCUGUUCUGAUGGACGAGGGUGAAUUAAUCGCCACGUGUAAACGACACAAGAUUCAACCUGAAAGAGAGCAAGAGGAGGAUGAUGAGGCGUAUCACUCCAGACUGCAGCAGAAAUUGAUGGAGAUUCCACUGGGUGAUAAAGUUCCUCGAAAGAUGUGACUCAGACGUGGGCCUCAGGAACAUUGACCCCUCUGCUGUGAUUCACCAUCUACCAGCACACCACUGGUUAAUACUUGGCGCCUUUUGACGAAACGUGCUGUUUUGAAUAUUGACCAUGUCAUUUAAAUGAUUUGUGUAUAUUUAGGAGUUUUUCCUUUUGAUCUCUGCUGUCAACAAGCAGAAUUCUGAAGAAGAGUCUCCUUCCCCAGCAGAUCAUGAAAGUUUCAUGAGCUGUGAAGUUGUUUUUAUUUUCACAUAUAUGAUAACUUUUUUCAGUAGCUUUCAGUGGUACAACAAUGUUAGCAAGUGUACAUUAUCAUUGUUGGCAACUAAGACAAGCAACUACCACUUCAUUUUUGUCUGACACUGAGGUAAAAUAUGUUUAUUUCUACUGAGAGCCAAAAAACUGUCUACUAAUUACAUCACAAAUGGUAACUAUCGGGGUCCAAGCACGACACACUCUAUAGAGUCAGUACACUUGUAGUAGUUAGAACACAAAUGAUGAGUGGAGUUUUUAGAUUUGCCUUUAAUUAUAAUAAUUGUUGAGGAGAAGGCAAAAGCUGAUGUAUACCAGUGUGUUUGUACACACUGGCCUUAUGACCUUGUUAAGGGAAUCAAUGGGGUUUUAACAAGCAAAUAUAAAACUGAAAUUUUUACAUUAUUUUUGUUGGCAUAGUUGUUGAACUGAAUCAUUCUGUAGCAAUUACUUUGUUCUUCCUUUAUUCUCAAAGUGCACAAGAAGGUUUAUUAUUGUGUGAAAAUCACUAAAAUGUUUUCUUGGUGGAACAAGCCUUUGAACACUCCCUGGGGGUUGAUUUCUGAACUUGUCUCUCUUUAAACUUCUCUUUUGUUCGAUUUUUGUUUGGUUGAGGGAUGAGCAGUACAUAGCACUACAAUGUGUUCAUGAUAAACAAAUAACAGAAACAGUCUGUAAUAUUCUCACACUCCAAGUCACAUACUGUUUACAGUAAAGUUUCAGUAGAUUGUGUGUAGACAGACAUACAACAUUAAUGACGACUAAAUUAGUUAAAACGGAAACCUGUAUUUUGUGGAGUUAGUUUGUUGAGGUUUGAUCAUUAUGCAAAGAAAUUGUGUUUUUUUGGCUUGUAGGUUUCUGUUUACUAUUGUGUGUUAACUGUUUUGAGAAUAUGACUCCUGUAUAAAUGGGUAAAUCGUUUUUAAGUCAUGAUCAUUCAAAUUCUUAACAUAUUAAACAUUCCUUGUGUG